CUGGAACAUCAGAGGACAGGCACAGUGAAAAUCCUUAACUAAAAAAUAUUUUUGACAUUUGAGUUUUUCUUGUUUUCUUAGCCCUAAUUUCAUUUCUCAGAUUUAUUUUUUCUUUUAAUAAAUGUGACAACAAAGUAUGAAACAAUUUGGGCCUUUCAUUUUUCCAAAGCACAGAGGUGCUCUUACAGAAAUCUCUUUAAACCCAUAGAUUUUUGUUCAGGGAAGAAUUGUUUUCCUUUGGUUUCAAUCUUGCAUAUGGUCUGUUUCUUACAGAGCUUCCGUAUUGUCUCAAGCUCCACUGGAAAUGCAGUAAGGAUUCCUAGCACAUCCCAGUUGCCAUGGCAACAGCAGUCUUUCCCAUAAUGAGCUGCAUCAUCUGAACUGAUGUCACAGCAUCAUGCAGCAGGUCAAACAAGGCAUCUCCUAGUAUUGCAUCCUACAGAUGUGCCGUAAACAUCAAAAGAGAAUGGUUAGAGCAGGAGAUGCUCUUUUGGAGAGGAGUAUGGUUUAGAAUUCUCCAUGUUAACCAUGAGUGUAACCCUGUCCCCCAUGAGGUCUCAGGAACUGGAUCCCAUGGCUACUGAUGCUUCCCCCAUGGUCAUCAAUAUGACCCCUACAGUGGAGCAGGGUGAGGGAGAAGAUGAGUUGAAGGAAAUGGAGUCUGACCAACGAUAUGAAAAGCCACCUCCACUUCAUACUGGGGCAGACUGGAAGAUUGUCCUCCACCUACCUGAAAUUGAGACAUGGCUCCGCAUGACUUCAGAGAGGGUCAGGGAUCUGACCUACUCAGUCCAGCAGGACUCUGAGAGCAAGCAUGUGGAUGUACAUUUAGUACAACUAAAAGACAUAUGUGAAGACAUCUCUGAUCACGUUGAACAAAUCCAUGCCCUUCUAGAAACUGAGUUUUCCCUGAAGCUCCUUUCCUACUCUGUCAAUGUGAUAGUUGAUAUCCACACAGUACAGCUUCUCUGGCACCAGCUACGGGUAUCUGUUCUGGUUCUGAGGGAACGAAUUCUACAGGGAUUACAGGACGCCAAUGGAAACUACACCAGGCAGACUGACAUUCUGCAGGCUUUCUCUGAGGAGACAACAGAGGGUCGUUUGGACUCUUUAACUGAAGUGGAUGACUCAGGACAGUUAACCAUUAAAUGCUCCCAGAAUUAUCUGUCCUUGGAUUGUGGCAUUACAGCUUUUGAACUGUCUGACUACAGCCCUAGUGAGGAUUUGCUUGGUGCCUUGGGUGAUAUGACCUCUGGCCAGGUUAAAGCCAAGCCCUUUGAUUCCUGGAGUGAAAUGGAUAAAGACUUCCCUGAACUCAUCAGAAGUGUAGGUCUCCUUACAGUAGCUGCUGACGCUGUUGCUUCCCAGGACAGUGAAGCCAUUAGUAGUGAGGAGGGGACUCACUUGCCACUUCCCACAGUAGAUGAAGGCAGAAGUGAUGAGAGCAAAGAAACACCUGUAGCCAAAGAACUUCCUGUCUUGCCUCCUCUUGGUUCAACAGGCUCAGGGGAAAAAGACAAGCCACUCUCUUCUGAUGCAGUGACAAAGGAAAACAAUUCCUCAUCGAAACCUGGUGCAAAAACACAUCCUCCUCUCUGUGAAAAUGCAACUCCUAAGAGGUCAAUAAGAGACUGUUUUAAUUAUAAUGAAGAUUCUCCCACCCAGCCUACUCUGCCCAAACGGGGUCUUUUUCUUAAGGAAGAUACUUUUAAAAAUGAACUCAACGACAGUGAUGGGAAGAAACCGAUGACUCUCUUAAAGGCUGAAAUGAGUAGGAGUACACCUUCGCUGUUGGAUCCACCAGACAGGUCAAAGCUCUGCCUGGCAUUACAGUCCUCUUAUCCAAUCAGCCCAUCCGCAGUUAGCCAGUCUUAUGAGUGUUUGCACAAAACAGGUGACGGGAAUCUCGAAAAUCCAGUUAAGGGCCACUUUAAAGAAAUCUCUUCUAGCCUAGAAAGGCUUAAUGAGUACAAUCGUAAAGAAAAAUCCCUUCGAAGAAAAUCCAACAAAAUCUCCGAGGCUACAAUUUCAUGUCAACCACCUAAUGAGGGAUCUGGUACUGGGGCAGCCAAAGAAGCUAAAAAUCUGAAGAACUCAGUAGUGCCGAAUGGAAUUCCUUCUUGUAUCUCCAAGUCCAGAGAGAGGCCAGAGACAGAUUCUGCUUCUACAUCCUCAGCAGAUCUUUGUAAUCCAAAAAACCUGAAUGUCAAAUUGUCCCCAAAGUCAAUUCCAUCUAAUUUACCACCUGUUUCCCAAGGAAAUGUCUCUGUAGCUGACUCAGACUCUAUCAUCUCCCCAUUACCCAUCCUUUCAAAAAACAAAAGCAAAAAAUGCUAUUCUUCCUCUCCAAGUCACAUUGCUAGAAAUGGCCAAGUUGUAGAAGCCUGGUAUGGUUCUGAUGAAUACUUAGCUCUUCCAUCCCACCUUAAACAGACAGAAGUGUUAGCUUUAAAGCUGGAAAAUCUGACCAAACUGCUACCCCAGAAACCUAGAGGAGAAACUAUUCAGAAUAUUGAUGACUGGGAGCUGUCAGAAAUGAACUCAGAUUCUGAAAUCUAUCCUGCCUACCAGAUUAAAACAAAGCACAAAAGGUUAGGCAGAAUAUCUCCUAGUUCCUCAAGUGAUAUAGCAUCUUCCCUGGGGGAGAGCAUUGAAUCUGGGCCGCUGAGUGAUAUUCUUUCUGAUGAAGAGUUAUGCAUGCCCUCAUCUGGCAUCAAAACAUAUAGAGCUGAAAAGUCAGAGACAGCUCCAUCCUCUCAGAAAAAUGAGAGCUCUGCCUCCAAUAAGACAACUUUAAUUCAGCAGCUGAUGGAAGAUAUCCAACACCAAGACAACUACGAAACAAUCUGGGAAAAAAUUGAGGCAUUUGUAAGCAAGCUGGAUGAAUUCAUUCAAUGGCUAAAUGAAGCCAUGGAAACAACAGAAAACUGGACUCCUCCUAAAGCUGAGACGGAUGGCCUUAAACUCUACCUGGAGACACACUUGAGUUUUAAAUUGAAUGUAGACAGUCAUUGUGCUCUAAAGGAAGCUGUGGUAGAAGAAGGGCAGCAACUUCUGGAGCUUAUUGUAUCUCACAAAUCAGGACUGAAGGACAUGCUGCAGAUGAUUGCAAGUCAAUGGAAGGAACUACAGAGACAAAUCAAACGGCAACACAGCUGGAUUCUUAGGGCUCUGGAUAUCAUCAAAGCAGAGAUCCUGGCUACUGAUGUGUCUGUAGAGGAUGAGGAAGGGACCGGAAGCCCCAAGACUGAGGUUCAGCUAUGCUACCUGGAAGCACAAAGGGAUGCUUUGGAACAGAUGUCCUUAAAGUUGUACAGUGAGCAGUAUACCAGCAGUAGCAAGCGAACAGAGGAGUUUGCUGAUAUGUCAAAAGUUCACACAGGGGGAAGUAAUGGACUUUUGGACUUUGAUUCAGAAUAUCAGGAGCUCUGGGAUUGGCUGAUUGACAUGGAAUCUAUAGUGAUGGACAGCCAUGACCUGAUGAUGUCAGAGGAGCAGCAGCAGCAUCUUUACAAGCGAUACAGUGUAGAAAUGUCAAUCAGGCACCCGAAAAAGAUGGCGCUGCUUAGGAAGGUUGAAGAUUUGAAGAAAGGUGGUGCUUUACUACCAAACGAUCUCCUUGAAAAAGUGGAUUCAAUUAAUGAAAAAUGGGAACUGCUUGGGAAAACCCUAGGAGAGAAGAUCCAGGACACAAUGGUAGGGCACAGUGGGUUAGGUCCACGUGACCUGCUCUCUCCUGAAAGCGGCAGCCUCGUAAGGCAGCUGGAGGUCAGGAUCAAAGAGCUGAAGGGGUGGCUGAGAGAUACAGAGCUUUUCAUCUUCAAUUCCUGCCUGAGACAAGAAAAAGAAGGAACAAUGAAUGCUGAGAAACAACUGCAAUACUUUAAGUCUCUGUGUAAUGAAAUCAAGCAGCGCAGGCGCGGGGUGGCCUCUGUCCUUCGCUUAUGCCAACACCUCUUGGAUGACCAGGAGACCUGCAAUCUGAACGCAGAUCACCAACCUAUGCAGCUGAUCAUUGUGAAUCUGGAGAGAAGGUGGGAAGCCAUUGUCAUGCAAGCUGUCCAGUGGCAAAACAGGCUACAAAAGAAGUUGGGGAAGGAGCCGGAGGUUUUAAAUGUGAUUGACCAUGGCCUGAUGGAUCUAAAUGGAACAAGUGAAGAUGCUCUAGAAUGGGAUGAAACAGAUAUAAGUAAUAAAUUAAUCAGUUUAAAUGAAGAGUCCAAUGACCUGGAUCCAGAACACACCCAUGCACACACCACGUCAAACUUGAAGCCUGAGUUGGAGGAUGUAAGCAGUGAAGACCGAAGUUACGAGGAAUAUGCUAGUGACCAUGGAGGAUCUCACUAUGGUUCUAGUAUCACUGCCCCCUCUAGUCCACAUAUCUACCAAGUUUAUAGCCUUCACAAUGUUGAACUCUAUGAAGAGAACCACAUGCCAUUUCUGAAAACCAGCCCCCAGCUCUCCACAAUAACCCAACCUAAAGUUUUAACAAAAAGUCUUAGUAAAGACUCUUCAUUUUCAUCUACCAAAUCAUUGCCAGACCUUGUAGGUGGGAUCCCUUUGGUUAAGCCUUGUACAUGUCAUGGAAAAGACAUGAGCCGGCAUUCAGGGAGCGAGAGUGGAAUAGUCAGUGAAGGAGACACUGAGACCACAACAAACUCUGAAAUGUGCCUGCUGAAUGAUACGGAUGGACUCCCAAGUAACCCAGAAAUGGAACACCCAGAUCCUCAUAUGGGUGAUGUAGUUAGCAUAUUAAAACAAAAAAUUAAAGACGAGGAGGAAGAUGUUAAACUUCCAAAUAGUUCUCAGUCACCCAUAUCACCAAUAUGUUGUGCAAAUGAAAAAGAUGGAGACUUAAACAGUGUUACCAAGCAUACCCCUGAUUGUUUGGAAGAAGAAUUACAAGGAAAACAUGAUGUGUUUACAUUUUAUGAUUACUCAUACCUCCAAGGCUCAAAACUCAAAUUACCAAUGGUAAUGAAACAAUCGCAGAGUGAAAAAACACAUGUGGAGGACCCAUUGCUUCAUGGUUUUUAUUUUGAUAAAAAACCCUGCAAAUCUAAACAUCAGGCUACAGAGUUACAUCCAGAUGCAGCUCCCCAUGAAUGUAUUUUGGCAAGUGGACCCCAUGAAAUGGAUACCAAUUCCUGUAAAAGUGGCAAUGGAGAGAAGACAUUGCCUGGCAUGCAGAAUGCCAAGCAACUCCCCCUCUUCUCCCAAAGCUCUUCCUUAGAGUCCCUUUCACCUAGAAGUGACUUAUUUGGAUCAGGCAUCUUGAGAAAUGGUGAUGGCCUUCAACGGAGCACAUCACUGGAAAGCUGGAUAACAUCCUAUAAAAGCAAUGAAGAUCUUUUUAGCCGUCACAGCUCAGAGGACAUCAGUGGAAGUAGUGGCUCAGUGGGAGAACUGAGUAAAAGAACUUUAGAUCUCCUGAAUCGAUUGGAAAACAUCCAGAGCCCCUCUGAACAAAAGAUAAAGCGUAGUGUUUCUGACAUCACCCUGCUAAGCAGUUCCCAAAAGAUGUCUUUCACUGGCCAACUGUCAUUGGACAUAGCAUCCUCUAUCAAUGAAGACUCAGCCGCCUCUCUCACUGAACUCAGCAGCAGUGAUGAGCUCUCUCUUUGCUCAGAGGAUAUUGUAUUGCACAGAAACAAAAUUCCACAGGAUUCAAAUGCAUCAUUCAGGAAACGUCUUACGCACUCAGUGGCAGAUGAAAGUGAUGUCAAUGUCAGCAUGAUUGUGAAUGUGUCCUGCACGUCGGCUUGCACUGAUGAUGAAGACGACAGUGACCUUCUCUCCAGCUCUACUCUUACCCUGACGGAAGAAGAGUUAUGUGUCAAAGAUGAAGAUGAUGAUUCUAGCAUUGCAACUGAUGAGGAUAUUUAUGAAGAAUGCAAUCUAAUGUCAGGGUUGGAUUACAUCAAGAAUGAACUGCAGACCUGGAUUAGACCCAAGUUUUCCCUCUCAAGAGAAAAGAGGAGAUGUAACCUCAGUGAUGAAAUUCAGUGCAGCAAAGAUAGAGGCAGCAGUGAGACAUCUAAUGCCACAGACACUUUGAAUAUUGAAGCCCUUCUGAAUAGCUCCAUAAAGCGAAUGUCAGAAAAUAAUGGAAAUAGCAAAAAUUCAUCUAAAGUGCAUGAGUUUGGGACAAAAAGAGAAAAUAGGAAGAACAUUUCCAAAGCCAAUAAAGACCCAUUUGUGGAUGACAUGGAGAAUGGAAAUGUCGAAAGUGUUCCAGAAAGACCAAAGGAAACACCAAAUGGAAUUCCAAAGGAAUCAAAAGAUCUUGUUCCAAAUGAGGAGAUGGCUUUAGAGAGUGAGAGCUGCAUGUGUGAAGCAUUUACAGAUAGCUCUGAUGAUUCAAAUAUGGAUGGGAAGGAAUUUGUUCCUCCAUCUUCCAGGAACUCCCCAAAGGAAUGUCAAAACCACUUGCUCUCUGAAAUUCAAAGUGCGGCUUCUAUUCCUACUGACAAGUUUUGUCCGGAACAUGCCUCUGAAACCAGUGUGCUCAACAAACCUAAUCCUUCACUACUGAAGUCUUCAUCUGAGAAGGCACCCAGAACAGCUGAAAAGCCUGCUGAUCACUUCCCAACCUUGGAGUCCAGUGAAACAGAAGAAAAUAUUGCUCUGGGUGACAGGAUUUCCUGUUGCAACUGUGAGGCAGAUGCUUUACAUAAGCAAGAUACAGAAGACUGCUCAGUACAUAACUUUGUUAAGGAGAUCAUUGACAUGGCUUCAACAGCCCUAAAGAAUAAAUCCCAACCUGAAAGUGAGGCAGCCACUCCUACAUCAUUAGCUCAGAUCAAGGAAAAAGUAUUAGAGCAUUCUCACCGGCCCAUUCAGCUCCGAAAAGGAGACUUUUAUUCCUACCUCUCCCUCUCAUCUCAUGACAGCGACUGUGGAGAGGUCACCAGUUACACAGAAGAGAAAAACCACACUCUAGUGCCACCUGACUUCCCUGAGUCAGGUCUAGAUGAAAAAGAGGAUAUCGAGUGUUUCUUUGAGGCUUGUGUUGAUGAUGAGGAAGGCGAACAGCAAUGCUAUUUCUCCAGUGAAGUCCCAAAAGAAGCUGCGGUGCCAGAAAGAGAUUCAGCUUCCCCAGAAGGGACUAAAAGCUCCUCUAACUACAGUGGGUUUUCUUUCUUGAGUGAUCGAACCAACACAGAUAUUCUAAGGCCCAGUCCCCCCAAAGAAUCCAACAUUGGAGAGGAAAAGUGUAAUAUGUUCAGUACUUCAAACAGCUGUGAGGUGAGCUCAGCCCUACCUGCCACCGCCGCUGCUGCUGCUGCUGCUGCUGCUGCUGCUGCUGCUCCAAGCCAGAACAAUGAAGAGAGUAAAUCUGGGGAGCCAGGUGGGACUGGAAUGCUAGAAGAUGGCAUUGCUUCUUUAGCCAAAACUAGAGUUCCAGAUCUCCCAAUGAAGGCAGAACAGCUGAAAGACCAGGCUGUAUUGCAUCCUAACAGUAAAACAUUAACCUGUGAAGAAAACCUACUGAACCUUCACAAAGACCGGCAUAUAAAUAUGCACAGGUAGAAUGUAAUCCUUCCUGGGCACAUAAAUCAUCUCAUUAAAAGUAGAUGCAGUCAAGCAAACGAAGAAAGCUGUGCUUCCAUUUAGACUGUUUGAAAGGCAGUCAGUCAGAGAAUUCUUUUACCAAGACAGUGUUUUUACUACACCAAAUUCAAUUUGCUGGCUUUUCCAGAAAUAAAUUCCGAGAUCAUAAAAAGUCCCUAUUUUAUAAUGUCAUUCUUGGAAGUCUAUAACUUAGGAGAUCAGAUACAGCCUGCAAACAGGUAACCAAAGAAAACCUUUUACCUAUGAGGAAUCUAAUUAAAACUCACCCUCAAAUGAUUUAAGAGAAAACUUGAUCUAAUCCAACCCAGUAUGUAUGAUGCAGUUGUACUGGUUUCCAGGCACACUGCUGUGCUUUUCACCAUCUUCCCCUCUUUGCCAUGUUUCCAUAAAAAUAGAGAGGUCAGUUACAGCAAAUCACAUCAAAGGAAAAGGUAACUGGAUAGAUCCAGAUAUUUCUGCCUAAUUUGGAAGAGGCACAUAAUGCAUGUCUGGAGUGCCUCCUAGGAACUGCCUAAGAGAUGUACUUUGCACUAAUCUUUUUGCUGUAUUCUGACAGUUAUUUCUUCAUAAUCCUCAUCAUAAGCCUCUGCUCUUUGAUGAAUAGUUUAACCCUAAACUUCAGGCUGGAUAAAUUCUAGGGUUUAAAAUUUUAACUCAUUCCUUACAGCAGAAAUAUACUCCAUUUUAGACUUUACUUUCUCAGGGAGCCUUUCUAUCAUUUUCCCUUUGGCUGUAAUUGCACUCCUUUCUUUCUGAUCAACAAAUACAGGAGCUGGUAGUCUAUUGGAUGGAUAUUUGGGGUAUAUGAAUCUCUAUCUGUGUAUGUUUUGUAAUAAUCAUGAUAGCCAACAUAUAGUACUAUAGUGUAUUCUCUAUAUGCUUGCAUAUAUGUUACAUAUAUUUAAAAUACAUAUUGUGUAUAGUUUAUAAAAGCACAAAAUCACUUUCAAAGAAAUUACUACUAAGCAGCUUUAGGUAACCAGAAACUGCUUUUCAAAGCCGUUCCAUCUGUCUUAGUAUCAAUUCUAAGACAGAAGAAGGACAAGAGCUAGGCACUCAGGGUUAAGUGACUUGCCCAGGGUCACAUAGCUGGGAAGUAUCUGAGGCUGUAUUCGAAACCUGGGGCCUCCCAAGUCUAAGCCUGGCACUCUAUCCACUUUGUUACCAAACUUUCAAAAAUCUCCAAUGAGGAGAGGAGAGGGAGGGUUGGUAUUCAAAGGGCAGUUAGCCAUGCCUAGAACUCCCAAAUCCUUUCACAGUUCAGGACAAAUGCUUUUUCCCCGAAGGGGUCUUUCAUGAUGAUCAUCCAAUUCACCUGUUUGCUGCCAAAAUCACUUUGUAUACAUCCUCAGGAGGCAAAGGAAAUGAGAGGAGAGAACAGAGAUAGAUUUGGUCCAGACCUAUUAUUUAGGUAUUCCUUGAGCCAAGGAUCCCCUCCCCACCCCCACCUACUAAUAUUCUGGCCUGCUGCUAAGCCCAAGAUUUAGAUUUCCUUCUGUCUCAGCUGAUGCUUUGGCUCAUUUGCAGAUAGGUAGGCAAAAUGCUAUUUUUAUAGAUUAGUAUUCAAAUCAGAAAAUGUAAGAACUGAUCUAAAUCUCUCUCUUUUUUAACUUUUCACAAUGUUUUUUACAGCUUGACCUCUUAGUUAUGAGCAAGUAGUUAUUUUAGUUUGCUUUCAAGGAUGCGAAACACAUCAACACUAAUCUCCACAUCCUAUAUAUAUAGUCUGGUAAUAGACACUUAUUUGCUCAACUCACGUCUAAUCAAUAAGAAUUUACUAAGCUUGCUCUAAAAAAAAAAGAUUACAUUCUACUGGAGGAAGACUAACAUGUGCAAAGAUUAGUCAAUAGAGAAUAUAUAGUGAUGUCACUGGUGUAAUGGACUCUCAAAUGAAGAAUUCCUUCAACAAAUGUAACUUCUUGGAAAUUUGUCACCUUAGAAAGUUGACUAGAACAUUGAGAGGUUAAAUGACUUGUCCAGGGUCACACACAUGGCCAGUAUGUGGCAGAAGCAGGUUAUGAGCUCAGGUCUUCCUGGCUUUAAGGCCAGCCCUCUGUUAUAACCCACUGCCUCCUGGGGGUAUGUAAAAAAAUCAACACAAAAUGAUUUUGUCAGGGGACAGGUGAAUCAGAUGAACAUCAAAAAAGGGCCCCUUCAGGAAAAAGCAUUUGUCCUGAACUGUGAGAGGAUUUAGGAGUUCUAGGCAUGGAUAACUGCCCUUUGAGUACCAACCUACAGAUUUAGGAGAUGGAAUGUUGUAUGUAUGGAACAAUAAAUAAGAUAGUCUGAAUGUUCACAAUGUGGAAAAAAUAGGUCAUCAGCCUGGAAAGAUAUACUGGGGCCAGUCUUUGAAGGGCUUUAGGUACACAGGGGACUUUGCAUUUUAUUGUAGCACUAAGGGGAGUCACUGAAGCCUCUUAAAAAGGGAUAUGACAUUCUUUUUUCCUCUUAUGAGACUCAUCCAUAUAUCCUCAUCUAAAUCCUCCACUAAGUCAAUGAAGCUACACGUUAAAUUCAGGAGUCCACUUUGCCAGAAAGAGAGUUUAGUCUGGAACCAGGGUGAGUAUUCCCUAUCCCUUUCUGAGUAACUGGGCUUUAGCAGCUUCACAUUUUCAUAUUGAUUGGAGCAUUUGUGUGUGUGUGUGCUACAAAAAAGCCAGUUCACAAGCAGUGAUGUGAAUGAGACACAGGUAAAGGUCAGAUUUGAUGAUUUUCCUUGUUUCUUUGAAACAGUUUUGAAAAAGAAAAAGAAAAAUCAAUAAAUAUCCCACACUAAUUCUAAGACAUCGUUGACACUAACAUGAGGUUGUUGAAAAACUCUCCCAUUCAUACCCAUUGGAUUCCUACUUUUGGAGAAGACCACCAGCAAUUCCAGGAUAGCUGUCCCCUCGUAAUUCUGUUAAGGGGUUGUGUGUUGCAAAUGUACUUUCUGAAAUGUGUAAUUACUUUUUUUUUG